CCUCAGGGCUCGGCACCUCGCGGAGAUGGGUGCCUAAGGGAAGCAUCCUGCCCUGCCCUAACGGGGUAAGUGUGUGUGUGCGUGUGUGUGACUGUGUGUGUGUGUGUGCGUGUGUGUGCACACGCGUGGGUGCGCGCCCAGCCAGCUGAACCCUUCUCCCCGACGGCGCUGCAGCCGGGGCUGUGCUGCGCGGUGCUGCUGCUCCAUCUGGUGGCCGGCGGGGCUGGGGGUGACCCGGGCCGGGGAGAGCCGGGGGGGCCCUGCCAGAGCCCGGCCGCCCUCCCCCGAGCCGUCCUGCCCGGCCUGCCCACAGCCACGGGGCGCCUGGGGUGCCCCUCGAGGGCGCGCUGCUUUGCUGCCUCUCCCCACCAACUCAGCUCCACCACUACCCAGAGGGAGAGGAGGCACCAGGGGGGAGUUUUGUGUUCUCCCAGCCUGCUCCAUCAGCACAGUGUGCUCAGCAGGGUCCCCGGCUGGUGCCCAGCAGAGGUGAGCCCCACGGCCAGCUGCCAGGACGGGGCUGUGUGUCUGUCCAGCAGGGCCACAGAAGUCAUCACCAUUAUCAGCUUGAGCAAGCGGCUUCACAGCAGCACCUUUCAGCCACGUAAGCCUCUUCUCGAGGAAGGAAAAACAGGCUGGCCUGAAGAUCUUCGGGCUUCCCUGGAUGUGAGCAGCCGCGUGGUGCCAGCAGAUAACACCUGGGGACGCCUGCGUCCUCUCCUGGGGCGCGUGGGACUGCUCCCCAUGGCUCUGUGCUGUGUGCUUAUCUCCUCCAGCAGCCCUGCAAAGCCAAGCCCCAUGCCUGGGCGGUGGAUAAAGCUCCCCAGGUGAUGGGACCCCUCGUCCCCUGCCUGGCACAGCACGGUGCGGCGCUCCAGCGGCUGGACGCGUUCCCAAGCGCUCAGGCAAGUCGGGGGUGCGAAAUGCUUCAAAGUGUGCCAGGAGGGUGGUUCUGGGGAGCUGCUGGUCUGUGUCCUUGCUGCUGGGGAGAGGGACAGGCAGGGACAUCACAGCCAGGGUGUGCAGGGUGAGCCCCCCAUGGGGGCUCCCUUUCUGUCCAAACCCAACAGCUUGCAGCCUCCUGGCUUUGCCGACCUCUCGACACUUUUCAGAAAAUAUCUAGGUCUUUUCAAAGCAAACUUAGCCUCCUGGCUGUAGCUUUUGCCGUGGUUAGUUUUGAUGGAUGCCUGAGAAGCAGCCCAUGGCUCUUUCUUUUUUUUGCUGCUGGUGGAUGUGAGCCAGUGAGCUCAGCUCCGAGCUGCCGGUCAGGGCCCUAAAUGCUGGGUUUUAAACAGGAAAUCUGCGGACAUCUCCAAGUCUUUUAGAGAGCCUGGUCCUAAACUUGGUUGCUGCUUAUAAGCCAAUCAUUUAUAUCUGACAAAGCUGCAUAACUAAUGCCAAAAUAUAAUGUGAUUAGCAGGGGUCCUGAAAAGGAGGCAUUUAAAGUAACAUUUUAGGUAACCCUUCGGAACUGAGAGAAGCACCAAGAGGGAGCCCACCCAGCACAGUGUGCUCCAUGGAGCUGUCUGACCUGGAUGGCCAGAGCAAAUCCAGGGAACUGCAGCGAGGCAGGGGGAGGAGAGGAAGGCAGAGGGUGCACCAGGCAUCAUUGCUUCAGGGCCUCUGCUCCUGGGGACCCGGGGCAGCCCUCCCGUGAGCUUCGUGCCAUCGUGAAAGACAAGGGAGGAUGUGUCCUGCUUCAUGGAGAGGGACUGGUGCUUCACAGCUGUGCUGGGGCUUGGCUCCUUUUUUAAAGGUACAGAAAUGAGAGAUUUUCCAAAGUUACAUUCUGUGGGGAUGCCAGCUGCUCCACAGGCUUUUUUUUUUUUUUUGGCAAAUGCUGUGUAAACAAGGUCGUUUGGUCUGCUGGCUGCUGGGACCAUGUCUGAUCUCAGGUUUGCUGCCAGCAAGCAGGUUGCUGGUUGGUGCUGGUGAUGUGUGAGCGAGCUGUGGCCCUGCUGAGUCCUGGCCCCGCUGGGGCAGCACUAAGGGGCAGCAGCUUCAUCGGGACACAUCUGAGCCUACAGCCCAAACAGGAAUAGGAUGGUUCUGAGAGCUGUGGUUGCAGGUCUUAUUGUUCUUCAAAUCUGACUUCUGAAACCCUUUUUCAGGACGAUGUACCAGCAUUUCCUUUUCAUUUUCUUCCUCUUCUUCCACCCCCAUAAAUGCCAAGACCAAACCCCGAGUGCAGAUCCAUAUGAAAUGCCCAAGGACUACCAGGAGGUCUACAGAGGGACAAAAAACGAUGUCAAAGAGAUCCCCAAGAUCGCAAAGCCCUUCAUUUCUGAGAUGGUCUUUGUGCAAACCAGCGUUACUGCCGUAAGGAAAGGUGCCUUCAGGUACAUGCCCAGCCUGACCAAGAUUUUGUUUAUUGGCAAUAAGAUCAAGGCGGUUGAACCUGGAGCCUUUGAUGGUUUGGAGAAACUGAGGGAUUUGGAGAUCUCUGGUGCCUCACUAGAAGAAUUGGCCACGGGCACUUUCCAGAACCUCCCAAGCUUGCAGAGACUGGAGCUGAGGGACAGCCACAUCAGCCACAUCCCCAAAGGGCUCUUUGAAGGGCUGGAGCACCUGGGGGAGCUCUCCCUGCACAUCAACGCCAUCUCGUCUCUUCCAGAAGGUAUCUUUGAUUCCCUUGCCAAUCUAACUUUCUUGGACCUGGCUAGGAACAAGAUCACGGCUCUGCCUGGAGAUGUCUUCAGCAAACUCCCCCACCUGCAAGUCCUGCGGCUGUACGAGAACGAGUUGCAGGACCUCCCGGAGGGGCUGCUGGAUGCCCAGCAGGGGCUGCUGGAGCUCAGCCUCCAGAGGAACAGGCUCAGGACGCUGCCACCCACGCUUCUUAUGAGCCUGGCCCACCUGGAGAAACUCCUCUUGGACAACAACCUCAUCGGGGUUCUCCCACCCCAGGGCUUUUUUGGAUUAAACAAGCUGAAGCUGCUGACUCUGGGUUCAAACCACAUUACGGAGCUCCCCUGCUGCCUUUUUGACAGCAUGCCACACCUGUGGGAGCUGGACUUGGGCAGGAACAGCUUGGUCACACUUCCAGAUGGCAUCUUCGUCAACCUCACGUCUCUGGGCAAACUCAUCUUGUCCCACAACCAGCUGUCAGCCCUGCCGAGAGGAGUCUUCACGGGGCUCAGCAAGCUCUCAGACCUCCAGCUGGACACAAAUCAGCUCUCUGCUCUUGAUGACAAGGUCUUUGCUCCUCUCCCAAAUCUGAAAACCCUCAACCUUCGAAAGAACCAGCUAAAGAGUGUCCCCCGGGGACUCCUGGACCCGCUGAAGAGGCUGAGCUCAGUGUAUCUGAGCGGGAACCCGUGGAGGUGUGACUGCAACCUCUGUUACCUGCACGGCUGGAUCCAGGAGAACAGCGAGAAGGUAAAAUUGUCCACCCAAGUGUCAUGCAAGACUCCACCCCACCUGGCAGGGCAGGCGGUGGCAUCCCUGAGGGACGACCAGUUAAUUUGUCCAGCCACUUUGCCUCCUUCGGUUUCCUUCUCCCCAUCUCUGCCAUUCACCUCCGCAUCAUCACAAAGGACGUCAGCCUUGCUGUCACCCGGAGCCUCGCCCACUGCAGCACAGACCCCGCUGCCAUCGGUGACCUUUCCUGUCACGGCACUGCCAGCCGUGCCAUUACCUACGGCCACCUCCUCCGUGUUGCCAACCAUACCAGCUGAGGCCUUCCGCACUGCUCCGUCACCAGCCGUGAUGUCUAAAGCCUCCAUCAUCACCCCAUCAUCAGCUGUGACACGGGAAGCCUCCAUCACCACCCCAUCACCCACUGUGCUUCCUGAGACCUCCAUCAACACCCUGUCACCAACCAUGUUACCCAAAACCUCCAUCAAGACCUCAUCACCAGCUGGGAUGCCUGAGGCCUCCAUCACCACCCGAUCACCAACUGUGCUACCCAAAAUGUCCAGCAGUGCCCCACCAACAACUGUGCUACCCAGGACCUCCAUCAUGACCCCAUCACCAGCCGGGCUGCCUGAGGCCUCCAUCACCACUGCAGCACCAACUGUGUUUCCUAAGACCUCCAUCACUGUCCCAUCAUCAGCUGUGCUACCCAAGACCUCCAUCACCAACCCAUCACCAACUGUGCUCCCUAAGACCUCCAUCACCAUCCCGCCAUCAGCUCUGCCACCCAAGGCUUCCAUCCCCACCCCAUCACCAGCUGUGCCACAGGAGGCCUCCAGCCUCUGCUCAACUCCAGCAGCUCUUGCCCUACAGCCCCCCAAGGCCAGUAGCCCAGAUCUUGCUCUGCCCACUCUGGCUCCUGCCACCCCACCGAUGCCAACCACCCCACGGGCAGCUCCCACCAGACAAGUGCCUCCUGCUCUUCUGGCACCCACGGCGAGGCCAGCACCUCCUGUACCCACCCUGCGAGGCCACACGAGUCCCCAGCCAUCCUCCUCACCCACAUCCCCUGGUGGGCACCACCCCAGCACCUUCUCCCUGUGGCCCAGCCCGCGGCACUGCCGCGUCUCCCUUGCCCUGGGGCUGGCUGUGCUGGCGCUGCAGGUGGGGGCCACGCUGCUGGGGGUGAAGCUCAUCCUCCUCCUCCACCACGCCACCCGUGACCGUGGUCCCCCCGUGCCACCGGUGAGGCUGCUGAGCGUCCGAGUGAUGGCCACCGUGAGUCCACACUGGGCUGUGGAGAGGUAUCGGCGUGGUGCUGUCCCCCAGGGGUGGGUGUCGCAGGACCCAAGUGGUUUUGGGGUGCCUCCCAGGUGGCUCCCGGAGAUGCUGUGAGCCUGGGGAGCCUGCACCACGGCGCUGCUGGAUGGGACCUUCUGCCGAGUGACACUAGGUGGCAUCCCGACACAGGCGGUGGCUUCCACAGCCUGCCCACGGACACGCGGGGCCACGGGGGGCAGAAGGGCGAGCAGUGGCCGUGGGGCACCACACCGAGGUGUGGGGGCACCGUGCCCAGCCCUGGCCGCCUCCCAGCCCCCAGGAUGUGCCGGCACCGCUACGGCCACCGCAACGCUCCUGCCUCCUGUCCCCUCUGUCUCGGCUUCCUCUCUGCUGAUAUUAAAGCCUUCCCCGUGGCUCUGCCACGCUCUGAAGGCUGGCCAGAGGAGUGUUUUCACCCCAGGGCUGCCCUCGCUGUCACCUCCAGUGGGGAUUUUCUGCCUCCUGCUGCAGCGCACGGUCCCCAGGCGGUGCCGGCGGUCAGAGACCGGGGUGGGAGCAGGUCACACGCUGUGACCCGGUGACAAAACAGAGAUGCAAUUUCUAAAUCUUGCAUCCCCAGAACCUCUGUAGGAUGCUGCCUACUCUGUCCCCUGGAGGGGUGACAUCCGAGUGCAGCCAGACGCUUUGCUCAUAUGGAGAGGCUGCCUCUGAACCCAUCCCCGACAUGGGCCGUUCACCAGCGUGUUGCUCCAUGUAACGAGCCUUCCCCUCGCAGACCUGGCCUGGGGGCUGGCUGUGACCUCCUGUCGGGCACAGAAACACCUUCCCUGCCACUGCCACCAGCACGAGCCCAAGGAGCCAGACCCUGUGGGCUUGGAAGGCAGCAGGCAGCAAGGAGCGGACACUUCUCACCAACACAGUGCAAGAGCAAAGGAGGGGGACUGGUGCUUUGCAUUAGGGUACGUGCAAGUGGCUGCACACUGGGGACCUGCACACACACCUCUGCUAAGCCUGUGCAGUGUCACGGGCUGCUCUGCACAGUCCCGAUGAUGGCUGUGAAAUAGGGGAGGUGAGCGGGGGCAGCACAUCUGCACGGGCUGCGGCGAGCGGCCCCAGAGCCUGGCACUGCGGGUAAUGAGACGCAGGUGAGGGGAAGGGAGUGUUUUUCCUGGCAGCCCAUAUGGGCUCGGCUUCGUGCUUGAUUUAGAGGGUUUGAAAGCGGGGCCGGCUGCCGGGGAGCAGACCCCGAGCACCUCCUGUGGGACUGGGGGGGGGGGCUCCUUUGGUUUGGUGGGUAUUUAAUGGCCCGGUGCAGUCUAAACAGGGAAGUACUUGGGGGCGAGAUUAGCACAACAUAAUCACAUCUUAAAAGGUCUUCAGAGACAUAAGGCACGUCUGCUCUCCUAUUAAUUACUUGUUAUUAAUAAAGCCGGGGUCAGGCUGGACGUGUUCGCUCCAGGCACACAGGUUCCCUCUCUGCGGAGCAGAGCUGUCCUCUGCGUCUGUGGGUCCAGCAGGGUCACAGCCCUGCCGAGCUGCACACCCCAUGGCCAGCAUCCCUGCAGCUCCCCGGCCACGUAACGCCCCGCCAGGGCCCUGCCUUCCUUCCUGGAACACCUCCGAGUGCUGUAAAAUACAGCCAGGGCUUCCCAGCGGGGGAAUUUCCUGCUGUGAUUGAUUUCCAAUUUGCAAGGAAAAUACAGGGCUGGCCCCACCGGCUCGCAGGCAGCAGGCAGCUCCCGGUAGCUCCCAGCCAGGCUGUGACAAUGACAGGGCUGUGGCAGUGCCCAGCCCUGGGGGCACCGUGCCCAGCGUGUCCUGCAGGCCUUGUGGCUGCUGGGCUGCACCUCGCUGUGGGGGAAGGAGAGGCUUCCCCCGACACGUCCCCUGCUACAGGCAGCCCAGGCAUCCCACAGUGGGACAGUCACUGCACCGGGCAGCUCCCGAUGAUUUUUUCAUCAAUUAAUUAAUUUUAUUUUUUUUUCUGAACACAGAAAAUGUUUUAGCACAAUGCAGCAGCACAGUGCGGCAGCACCGCCCUUUGCUCUCCUCCUGCUUUCUGCUCUCUUUGCACUUGAUUCCUCUGGUUCUCCGACUGGAAAAAAAGUGCUGAGCAUCCCCGUGCAGCAUCUGCAGGCUGCUGGCAGAGCGCCCGUGUGAGAGGGGAGCGGAGAUGGAGUCUCCCCUUUGUGCGGGGGCACGGCCGUGCCGUUUGAAGUGGAGGUGAGAAAACACAGAGGGGCAGAUGGAACCUGCUUUUGGAGUGAAAGAUUUUUUUCGGCUAUUUAUGAUAAUUAGUGGGAAACGCUCCUCAAGCGUUUCAGAUGAUUCUGUAAUGAAGUUGGGCCGAAUGUUCCCGCUUUGUUCCCGGGGAACCAUUAAAAAUCCCCCUUCUUUGGCCGCCUUAAUGCAAUGCUGAAAAGGCACAAUGGCAUAAAAGUCGCCCUGGGCAGGGCGGAACGCCUCCUUCCCCCGCGAGGGAGAGCCCUUUAGAGCCCGGAUUUUCUGGGUUAUAAACCCCAGCGCUCGCAGUGUUCGUGCGAAAGCUGCGGGCCCUGCGGCCGGGCGCCUCUGCAUCCCUAAUGCCAUGGGGUGUGUGUGAGCCGGGGGGACAAAGGCUGAGACAAACCAACAGGGAUGAGAAGAGCAGGCACAGCGAGGGAUGCCAUCGCUCGGCGUGUUUAGGAAAGCUGCCCCUGACUGGGGCUAGGGUUUGGCUGCGAGGGGCAGGGGACUGGCACCUGCAAGGUGGGGUCCAGCCCCCAGGAGAGAGCCCUGAGGUGCUGGUGGCCAGGGCCAGACCCUGUCCUGGGGAUCCUGCUGGGGCCACCAGGCCCCCGGUCACCUAAAUGAGGCAGGAGGCAUCCAGUGUAACCCCGGGGUGCUCAGUGCCAGGGAGCGAGGCCUGGCCAGGUCUCACCAUGCUUUUAGCUCCUCCAGCAUGAGUGAUGUCGGGAGGAGGCACCUGCCUGAGCUCCCACAUCCCUGGGGAUGAUGCGCAAGGAUAAUGCGAGCCGUCCUGCUGAAGUGAUGACAGAAAGGGAACGUGCCAGGAGCUUUUAGCAUAAUGGUCAGGGCUGAACGCGACGGUGGGGGUUUAAGUGUCCCAUCAAUAUUCCCUUCUCACUGGCAGCCGCGCUGCUGGGGCUGGAGCAGCUCCCUGCCAGCCGCCCCCGUCUCCCCGCGCCGCCCGCCCCGGCCCUAAUCAAGUUCUCCUCUCAGCCUGUGUCCCGUGGGGCCCUCGCUGCCUUCAAUGAGGGGAAAUUUGCAGACAAAUUUCUGCCAGCAGGACGCUGGAGCUCUCCUGCGUGGCGGGAUAAAGAUCCCUGCGGCCUCCGCACGGCCCUGCCGAGGGAGUGUGUCCGGGCAGCCUGGGGCCGGUCACUGGGGGGUGUGGGAAUAGGGCCGCAGGCUCUUUGAGCGGGGCCAUUCUUUACCUCCAGAUAAUGCACGGCCUGCGGCGGCACCGCGACACAAUGAGCCCAUCUGUGAAUAGGCUGGAGCUGUUACCUCCGGGUUCCCUUACGGCAGGGCCUGGAGUGCCACUUGGGUUAUGAUGCCUUUGCCAAUACCUGUGUGCCUCCUCAAGGUCUUUUUGGGGGAAAUAUCUCUAGAUACACGGUGCAUUUCCUCUGGGGACUGGGGUGUACGUACUGGGGUGCUUGCUGGCCCUGGGGAUGGAGUGUUUUGCUGGUGCAGGUUUGCAGGUGAGGGUGACAAGAGAGGCACGGUGUGGCUGGUUUUGGCAGCGGGGCACAAGGAGCACCAAGCCCCACGCUGAGCCAAAUCGCUGUCUUUGCAGAGCUCACCAUGCAAAACUGGGUAGCUCGGUGCCCAAAGGCACCAGCCUCAAGCCCGUGGCUCCCUGACCAGCACCUUGUGGCCAGGCACAGGCACACAGCAGCGCUGCCCAGUUUGCUUUUUGCAGGCGAUGGUGACACCACUGGGACCCACCAUGCCCAGCAGUACAACCGCCAGCCCUGCCAGCACACCAUCCCCUCUGCCCCCUACCCCACCCUUUAUUAUUUUUCCUCAUUUAUAAAUCCAUUUUUGCAUUUUUUCCUCCCGGCCAUCCGUCGAUUCCUUUCCAAUCAGCCACUUCAGCAGCCCAGGUAGGCGCGGCGGCGCGCUCCCGACCUUUCCCAGCGCGGUCCCCAGGGGCCGGCAGCACGAGGCGGGCGCACAAAGGCACCGCGGCGGCCGCGGCGCUGACCCUGCCGUGCCACAGCUACCUGCUGCUCCGCCACAAUGGCCCCGCGGCCCCGGCCGGCCUGCCGGGGCGAUGAAAAAGGGCCCGAGAUAAUAAUGAGGCUGGCUACCACUGCUCUCUUCAGAGAGCCGAGUCAACUCCUCGGGAAGAAAGGAAAAAGGAAAAAAAAAAAAAAAAAAGGAAAAAAAAAAAAAGAACC